AUGAAGGCAAUUGUGAUGCAUGGUGAGCCGGGAAGGGCAUCCCUCGUGACCGAUCGGCCGUUCCCCAAGCCCCGACCGGGCUACGUCUUGGUCGAUGUCAAGGCUGUCGCCCUGAAUCCAACUGACUGGAAACAUAUUGACCGAAUCAACACCAAAGGUUGCUUGUCAGGUUGCGACUAUGCCGGUGUCGUCGCCGAGACCGGCUCUGGCUACUCCAAGCCAUGGACCAGGGGAGACCGAAUCUGUGGAUUUGUUCACGGAGGCAAUAUGUUGCAAUCCGAAGAUGGGGCCUUCGCUGAGAGGAUUGCCGUCAAGGCCGACAUCCAAAUGCGAAUCCCAGAUUCCAUGUCUUUCGAAGAUGCCGCCACCCUGGGAGUUGGCGUUGUCACUUGUGGGCAGGGACUCUUUCAACAGAUGGGUCUGAAUAUGCCCAGUCAACCUACCACCGAGGGCGAGAUCAUACUCAUUUACGGCGGAAGCUCCGCCACCGGUACUCUGGGGAUUCAAUUUGCAAAGCUAGCGGGGUAUACGCCCAUUACCACAUGUUCCUCGUAUAACUUCGAUCUCGUCAAAUCUCUGGGGGCCGCCGCUGCGUUCGAUUAUAAAGACCCUGGUUGUGUGGCUCAGAUCAAGACGUUCACCAACGGUGAGCUGAAAUAUAUUUGGGACACCAUCUCGUUGCCCGCCACGGCCGAGUUCUGCGCCGAGGUCAUUGCACCCGGAGGAACUUACGGUAGUAUUCUGGGGGUGAAGUUUCCCCGGGAUGACGUGAAAUGUACUUUUUCCUUAGGAUAUACCGCCGUGGGGGAGCCUGUUAAGAAGCCCACCACCGAGAAACUGGACAAUUCAGCCGACUUCGAGUUUAUGAAGAAAUGGAUCGAGGCUGUCGAGCCGUUGUUACAACAAGGUCGGUUGAAGGUUCAUCCACCCAAAGUGGGCCGUGGUCUGGAAAAUGUCCUUGAGGGAUGUGAUCUUCUUCGAAAGGACAAGAUUAGCGGACAGAAAUUGGUGUAUACUGUGUGA